AAUUUCCAUUCAAUUCCAAAUGACUGCCUUUAGAAAGAUGUUUCCUUCAAUUAUGGUAAUUAUGACAUUAUUAGUCAUCAACUCAGAUAAAGCUUGUGCUGCAGAUCCAGACAUGCUGCAGGAUAUUUGUCCUGCUGAUCUCACCUCAACCGUGAAGGUGAAUGGAUAUCCAUGCAAGAACACAUCCUCGACGGACGAUUUCACCUCAAGGGUCCUUUCAAUGCCAGGAGUGGUCGCCAACGUAGUUGGCAUCAUGAUUACUAGGGCAAACGUUCAAACUGUCCCUGGCCUUAACACGCUUGGUGUGUCAAUGUCUCGUGUCGACUUUCUUCCUGGCGGCAUAUAUUAACCCACCCCACCCCACGUCCACCCACGAGCGUCAGAGAUCAUCUACGUUUUAGAAGGUGAAUUGCUUGUUGGUUUCAUUACCACGGACAAUGACUUGUUCUCUAAGGUCAUUAAACAAGGAGAAGUGUUUGUUUCUCCUAGAGGACUUGUUCAUUUCCAAAAGAAUGUUGGCAGAGGUCCAGCUGCAACUAUUGUUGCCUUCAAUAGCCAGUUACCGGGUGUACAAGUAAUUUCGAUAACGUUGUUUCAAUCUUCACCACCGGUCCCUAAUGAUAUCUUGGCUCAAACAUUCCGGACUACUCCUGAGCAAAUUGCAUUGCUUAGGAAAAAUUUUGUCUAGUACUAAGAAUUAUAUAUUUUUUUAGUUGGGUCCGCGAUUGUUAACUGAUGUUGUUCUGUUUAAUAAGCGGGUAAGGUACUUUGCCUUUCUCAUCAUGUAAUGAUACUAAUGUUUUCAAUCUUC